AUGGCUCAUCGCCCGUCAAUGACAGCAGAAGAAUUGGUUGCCAGAUAUGCUAACUGCAGAUGUCUGACGGGGGAUGGAUCCACCGGCGUUAUUGAGUUAACCAACUUCCGCCUCUCCUUUAUCUCUGCCGGAGGAACACGAUCAGUCUCGCACUCUGUGCCAUUAAGUACAAUCCAGUCUAUUGAAUUGAAACGAUGCUACAGAACCGAACAGGUGACCCAACAAAUCGGCAUCUUUCUGGUUUGCAAAGAUUUACGGCAGCUUCGUUUCGUAAUACCCGAUGUUAAAAUUGGUGAAGAAUUGGGAAGACAAAUCAAAGAGCUCUUUCGACCGACUUAUCGGACUCGACCACUUUUUGCGUAUUUGUUUGCCAAUGACUGUAUCUCGAAAAAUCUUUAUCUUGAAUCUGGGUGGAAUAUCUACAGUCCUGAAGAGGAAUACCACAGGCAGAAUGUUAUUAAUAACGGCUGGAGAAUAAGCAAGGCCAACGAGGGAUACAAGCUGUGCCGCACCUACCCCGAGGUGCUAGUGGUGCCAGCUAAAGUGACAGACGACCUGCUGUUUGGGUGCGCGCCCCACCGUGCCCGUCGCCGCCUUCCCGUGCUCUCCUGGCUGCACCCCGAGAGCAGAGCCAGCCUCACUCGCUCCGCUCAGCCCAUGGCCGGCGUCCAGGGGCGGCGCAAUGAGGCCGACGAAGAACUAAUACGGUGCAUACGCGAGGCCAACGCCAACACCGUCAACCUUCUGAUCUUCGAUGCUCGGCCACAGUUCACCGCGGUCGUCAAUCGCGGACGAGGUGGUGGAGUGGAGAAUCCAACCUUCUAUACAAACACACAGUACUCCUUUAUGAGCAUUCCCAAUCUCCACGCAAUAAGGUCCUCCUUCACGAAGUUGGUAGCCGCUACUAGCUCUGUGGCUCUCUCGCAGCAGGAGAACUUGAACUGGCUCAAAAGCAUCCACGAGACCAAGUGGCUCUACAACAACCAGCAAAUUCUCUCCGCUGCUGCCGAUGCCGCUGACCAGAUUGAGAAUCACAAGUCGUCCAUCCUGGUCCACUGCUCAGACGGCUGGGACCGCACACCACAAAUAACAAGCCUCGCAAUGCUGAUGCUGGAUCCCUAUUACCGAACCCUUCGCGGUUUCCAGGUGCUAAUUGAAAAGGAGUGGAUUUCGUUUGGCCACAAGUUCUGCCAACGCACUGGUGGUCCCGCAGACGGUGGCAAUCUCGUGUUCCCCUGGGCAUCUCCUGUAGUCCCUAGUUCCCCCGUAAAAUUAGAAGCCUCCAGCUCCGAGGAACGCUCCCCAAUUUUCCUCCAGUUCAUCGACUGCGUCUGGCAGAUGAUGAUUCAGUUCCCGGCUUCGUUCGAGUUCAAUGAGACAUUUUUAAUAACUAUCCUAGAUGAAUUAUACGCUUGCAGAUUCGGGACGUUUCUCUUCGACUCCGAAUGCGACGCUCGAGAUAACUAUGCUCGUUUGCACACCAUCUCCCUCUGGGCUUACAUAAACGCAAACACAAAGAUCUUCCUAAAUCCAACUUACACGCCGGCUGAGGUGUCAGGCCAUCGUUUGAUUAUUCCCUGCUCAAUGGCUUACCGACUAGAUCUGUGGAACGGCUAUUAUCUUCGAUGGACGCCGUCCAUGCGGUGCCAAGAACCGGUGGUAUCACGAAGCGCCCGAGUAUUUGAUCGGAUGCAAAAAUUCAAAACUCUGUCCCGCAGUAGGCGUUGGCGGCGGAAGGAGGACGGGGGGAAAGAACAGAGCACCUCGCCGGCUGCCGGAUCGGUCACCUCAUUACCGUUGGCUGAAAAGCAGGCGGCGCUGGGUCCCUCUGGCACCUUGGCGUCGGUCCAGUCGAAUGUGUCCCCUCCUCGCAUUUACCCUCGAUUUCCCAUCUCGAACGGCACUGCAGCGGUCGAUCUAGCAUCAGCGAUCACACAGCCAUAA